GAGGAGGAGAACUAUCCACAAUGCCCACUGGAAUAUCAAUAGAAUUUGAUAAUUCAAAAGCUGUGUUCUUUUCGGGCCAGACGGUAACAGGACGGGUUAGGGUUACCUGCGACAAGCCAAAGUACUGUCGAGCGAUUGAGGUAGAGUUUCAAGGGUAUGGAAGAGUCCACUGGACAGAAAGAAGCAAAACACAGAGGAAUGGCAAACAAAGAACAAAGACUGUCCAUUUUAAAAGUAAUGAGAGUUAUUACUUAAUGUCUUACAUCGUGUGGGGUAAUGGCACCACAGAGUCAGAGCUCCCCCCAGGUACACACCUCUUCAAUUUCUCGUUCCUCCUUCCCCAUGGAAUUCCUUCGUCCUUUGAAUCACACAUCGGCAAAGUGCGUCACCAGUGCAAGGCGAAGAUGGACAUACCAUGGAAGACGGAUAAGGUUUCGGUGAAAGCUUUCUCCGUCAACACUCUGUAUGAUCUGAACAUGGAUCCUCAGGCUAAGGUGCCAAUAGAGUGCAGCAAACACGACUAUGCUUGCUGCCUCUUUUGCCGAAGUGGCCCAAUGUCCCUGGUGCUCCGCAUUGAUCGCUCGGGUUUUGUUCCUGGGGAAAAUAUUAUCGUUAAUGCUGAGUGUUCCAACAUGACCAAUGUCAAGAUUAACUACACAAAAGCAGUUGUGCAUCAGACCAUAACAUACCAUGCUGAGGGGAGAAAGAAGAAAGACCACCGGAAGGUUGCUGAACUCAAGCGCUUGGAAAUUCCACCUGGAGAAGAUGAUAACUGGAACAACGUUGAGAUGUUGAUUCCAGCACUGCCUCCCUCUCACCUGCAAUUCUGCAACCUGAUUGACAUUGAUUACGAACUCAAGUUUGAAAUGUCCCCAUCCGGUUGCCACAUGGACCUAGAACACACAGCUCCUGUAAAGAUUGGCUCCAUACCUCUAGUGCAAUACUUUAGCAACUUUGUUCAAGGACCACCCAUAAACUCAGCCCAACACAUGAAUAUGGCUUCAGUUCAGCCUCCAGUGCCUGCUUAUUCCCCUCCUGGCCAGCCCCCAUUACCAAACUAUUCUCCAGCACCAGGGCAGCACCCAGGGUUUGGCAUUGCUGCUAUACCAGGUCAACAGCCAGUGCCAGGUCAGCCUCCAGUGAUGAAUCCUCCUGGAGUACCAUGUCAGCCUCCAGUGAUGAAUCCUCCUGGAGUACCCUGUCAGCCUCCAGUUCCAGGUCAACAACCAUUUAUAGGUCAAGCACCUGUGCCUGGUCAGCCACCAGUAUCAGGUGAACCACAAAUGCCAGGUCAGCCUCCAGUGCCUGGUUAUGGUACUGGGCCAGGUCAGUCUCCAGUGUUGGGCUUUGCUCCAUCCAUACCAGGUCAGCAAGCAGUCCAGAUGCCCUCCAACAAUCCAGCCCAGCCUAGCAUAGCAGUGUCCAAUGUGGAUCAGAACACUUCGCCAUACAACCCCAACUUCCAGCCAGCAUCUUACCCCACACCAGGAUCACCAAGAUUUCCAGGAGUCCUACAUUAUCCUCAAAUGCCCUUACCAACAUACAAUCAGUGUAUGUUUGGAACGACCAGCAUUGCAGAGAUUGAUAGUGAUGUUGAUGAAGGCCAGAAUCAUAAUGAAGUGGGAUUUGCACCUCAUUAUAUAUCCUAUAAUCUUAUAAACUCCAAGAGGCUCCAGUCAGCUGCAUCUGUGGGCGAUACCGGAGGGGGCAUGGAUGGCAUAACCAGCGGAGUGAGUGACCUACACAUUCGCCAUGAUAGUGGGAGCAGCGGUUCGAGUGGAGACCAUUAUCGCGGAGGUAGGAGAGGAUAUCUGAUUGUGAGGGCUAGUCUGUUCUUUUGUAUCAUUGUGAAGUAAUGGCUGUGAUUUUUUGGCAUAAGUGGUGACAUUUUUAGCACUUUUGAUUUGUAUUUUAUGUUCGGUUCAUUCACUCAAGAGGAAGUAUCUCCCUAUUGUCUCUGUUGUCUGUUGAUGUAGAUUGUCUUUUGUCAUUGGAAAUGCUAGUAUCAUUAUGACUUUAACUUCAGGCUACAAGGCAGGUAAGUUCAGAAUGACAUAGCAGGAAGUUUUCCUGUUGGAAUAAAAUUAGUUUUGGGUAUGGGGACAGAAUUGAGCUGAAAUGGGUAGGUAUCAGUUCUCUGUUUUAGUUAUUAUGUGUAUGUGAUUUGUCCAUAGCAAGUAUUUAUUGUUAAGUCUUACAUGUCAUUUUGCAUGGAAGUGAAUCAGAUUUAUGUGCUCAUAAGUGUCAAGUUGCUAAACAUCUAGGACGUGUUGUUUUUAUGAAAUAUAAAGGAAUGAUCAUAGAUUAUUGUUGGAAUGUAGAAGUUGUAAUUUUGUUUUUGUCCACAUGUAUAUAUUGAUGUCAGCUUAAUAAUUUUUUUCUUUUAUUUUCUUUUAUUUCAUUGAUUUUUAUCUGAACAGGGUACCAGGCACAUAACUGACUUCAGAAGAACAAGUUAAGGGAAUAGCAUUCCUUUCUUUGGCAGUAUGUAAGUGCAGCAUGUAAAAAGAGACCAGUUUUGGGUCUCUCUGAAAAAAAUAGUAGAAUUCUUUAACACAGACGAAUGCUCUAACAGAAUGAAAAUCUAUUAAUAUAAGUACAAAUAUCGUUGAAUAUAAUUUAACCCCCAAAGUAUAUGUGUGGAGUUUUUAAAAUAGAAAUGGAUUUGAUUUUUUGUAGCAGAACAUGGAUCAGAAAGCUGUGCAUCAUAUAGUGAAGGUUAUGAUAAAAUAGUUGUUUAAUUUUAGGAAAAAAUGUUUGUCACUUAAAGUUAAACAGAUAAUGGAGAUACAGCCACAGAAACACUGGGACAAUCCUUUACAUGUUUUCUUCUUAGGUUGCUGUAUAUAAAUACAGUAAUUGGAUUUGUUUUUUCAGUUUUUCUGACCAUUUUGAUUAGAUUAGUGUGUCUUUUUAAUUACAAGCAUUAUACAGUUUAUGCAUUGUUGUUAUUAGAUACUAAAUAUUGAUGUAAUGAUGUAAUUACAUUUUGCCACAACACAUAUUAUAUAUAUAUUUUGUACUGAGUGCUUGUCUAUCUUAAUUAAUAUGAUACACAAACUGACAGUAUAAUGGGAACUGAAAAUAGAUUCCUUUUUUACGUCUAAUUUUUCAGCAUUUCCUGGCUGAAUGCUUUCCUCCAUGAUUAAGCAAUUUGCAUAAAGUCCUUCAUAGUAUACCAUUAUGGGAUAUAUUCUGUAUUUUAAGCAUUUUUGUACUUUGGGGGUUGAUUCAUUAGCUAUUAAGAAGAGACAUUUGCAUCCUUCAAAGUGAAAAGAAAGUGAAAGCCUUAGUAGGAAAUAUGGAUUACGAUUAUUAUUUACCAUCUUUUUACAUACAGAUUUAGGAUUUGUUUUGAAGUAACCCUGUGGUGGCUGGGAGAAGAUAAACCAUCCCCAGGUGUAUCCUCGACGGUUAAGACUAGAUUAGGGAUUAAUAUUUGCGUAUAUCAUGCCUGUGACUCUGUAUAUUUUACACUUGUCACUGGUUUAUAUAUAUAUCAUUCACAGAAUUCUUUUUAAUUUAUGUAUAAACUAUCCAUUCAACCAAGUCUGAUAAGUAAGAAUUGCUUUUAUUUCUCUUUUACAUUCAUUACAAUACAAAAGUAUUGACAAAAAAAAUAUAAUGGAGGUAUAAGUUCUUCAGGAUCCAGUCACAGAUUGCAGGGAAGUCGUACUCAUGCCAUACCUGCAAUACUAAGGUUGUUGUGCACCUGUGUAAUUUUUAAUGAGGUAAGGUGACUGGGAUAUUUUUUCAUUCAUUUACCAGCCGUAUUUAAGAUUUUUCUGACCCAGAUGGACAUUUUAGCAUUGCUUUCUCAGCAAGAAAUCAAUCAAUAGGCCUUCAAAACCUUCCCUGAUGUUCCCCUUUCCUUGAAUUUUUGGGAGAGUUUAUUUUUUUCUUAUGCUAUUAACCAGUUGGAUGCCUUGUUAUCUCACUUGACCCAAAAUCUGGGUAUUAAGCCUACCUGAGUGGCAACUCUUCCAGGUAAUCCUUAUGGGCCUAGCUAACACAAACACUUGUGUACAGUGUCAAGGCUCCAUACCUCCCCUUUGCAGUGUUUUAGCCUCUCUUUCCGUGCAAACAUUUUUUUUUCCCCAUUUUUCAAGGUUUAUAUUUGUAAUUUAGAAAUGCUGUAUCAAAAUGGUAAUAGCUGGUUUUCUUUACACAGACUCCAUAUCCUCUCUCUAGAUAGACUAUAACAAUAAUAAUAGCAAUGAGUAACAUUUCAUUAUUUGUGUCUUCUCUUUAAGAUAUAUUUUUAUAUUAUUCAGUUUUCUGAUAUACACCUUGCAUUGCUGGAAAUAGAGCCAGCACUCUUCCAGCCAUGGCUUACAGAUAGUACAUUUCUCACUUAUUUAAUGGUGGAAACAGUACCGGAGGCCCUUCCUAAAUGGCCUCGGAGUCUAAUCUUCAUCCAUGAGCUUUGUGCAGAAGUGGUGAGUCAUUCCCAUCACUGCAACCUUCAGUCAAAUUUUUCAUGAUUACCAUAUUCACAUCAUCCCAGCCUUCGACCAAAUUUUUCCAUGUUGGCACAUUAACGUCACCUGUACUUUAGCCACAUUUUUUAACCCA